GACACUUUUAUGAGCAUGAAAGUGAAAUGACAGUCAUUUACAGGUCAGAGUGUCAGCUACUGGUGUUGACAAUAUAUAACUGCACUAUCUACACACACACACACACAAGCAGAGUCCAGCAGGAUUAGGAUUAAGACAAGAACAGAGAUGGGAGUCGAGAGACUGGGAACUGACGACACAGGCAACACUCUCAUGGAGAAGGAGAGGACGUGGACAGAGUCCAGUCCUCGUCCUGUCAACAAAUAUGAGAGAGUGUACCAGCCCUGUGUGGCUGAACUCGUGGGCACCAUGUUCUUUGUUUUCAUCGGCUGUGUGUCAGUCAUCGAGAACGUUCCUGCAGCCGGACGCUUACAGCCGGCGCUGGUGCACGGACUGGCCGUGGCAGUGAUGGUGGCUUCCAUGGAGAAGAUCAGUGGCUCCCACUUCAAUCCUCCCUUCACUAUUGCCAUCUACCUGUGUGGAGGCAUGGAGCUGAUGAUGGUCGUACCGUAUAUCAUGUGUCAGCUCAUCGGAGGAGUUCUUGGAGCUGGAAUGGCCAAGUUGAUGACACCAGCAGAGCGCUACAACAAUGCUACAGGAGCAGCGUUUGACAUCCUCACGUCAGAGAAGCAGCUGUACAAAGCCAUCUUUGGGGAAGUGGCCAUGACCUGUUUGGUCACCAUGGUGCUCCUUCUAGUGGCCGUGAAUGGAAAAACCAAAACCCCACACGGGCCUUUUCUAGUGGGCUGCUCUGUCAUCAUCAGCAUCCUGGCAGGGGCCGAUGUUUCUGGAGCUUGUCUGAACCCGGCUAGAGCUUUUGGUCCAGCUGUGAUGAUGAACUACUGGAAUUAUCACUGGGUUUACUGGGCUGGACCCUUAGGAGGAGGACUGGUGGCCACAGCACUCGUCAGACUCAUUCUUGGUGAUAAAAAGAUAAGAGUCAUCAUGAAAUCAUAAAAACAUCUUAUUUCUUCAUUUGUUUUGCACUUUAUUUGUUUCUCUG